AGCUGCAGAAAUGGGAGCUUGAGGGCUGGCUGUGUGCUGAGAUCGUUGACUUUUCUUGCUGCCUUGGCCGUGUGGCUUCUUCCACAGUUUCUGACAGUUUCUUGAACAACCUUUUCAGGUGUUUGGUCACCAUGAAGAGCAUUGUGCAGCCAAUUGCUGUGUGGGGAAGGAAAGCACCGUCUCAUUCAAUCUGUUCUCUAAUGCUCACUGAUGACCAGGGAACUAUAGUGACAGGAAGUUGGGAGGGACAGAUUUGCCUCUGGAAUCUGUCACCUGAUUUCAAGAUUUUACCUCGGAUCUUGCUGUUUGGUCACACUGCUUCAAUUACUUCCCUUGGUAAAGCAAGUGAGAAACAACCAUACAUCGUCAGUGCAGCUGAAAAUGGGGAGAUGUGCCUUUGGAACGUCACCAGUGGCCAAUGCAUUGAACAUACAAAACUGCCCUUCACUCACACUGCAAUCUAUUACUACUACCGUUCCUUUCGGAUGUCAGGUGAUGGCUGGUUGCUUUGCUGUGGACAGUAUCAGGACAUCUUGGUCAUUGAUGCACGUAGCUUGGAGCUUCUCCAUGCUCUUGUUUCAUCUACAACUCCAGAUUGGAUCAGCUCGAUGUGCAUUGUCCGCUCCCAGAGAAUUCAAGAGGAUUCGCUGGUUGGCAUCUCAGUGACAGGAGAGCUCAAGGUGUGGGACUUGUCAUCAUCAGUCAAUGGAGUCCAGGCCAGAGAGAAUGUUUAUGAAGCAGAGUCCAAGUCACUUCAAUGUUUCAAUUGUCAAGCUGUCUGCUUUUGCACGUACACAGAACGCUUACUGUUGGUAGUUUGCUCUGAUUGCUGGAAGGUUUUUGAUUAUUGUGACUUUUCAUUGCUGAGCUUUGUGAACAGCAAAGAUGGUCAUCACUGGGCAGGUGGCGAAGUUUUAGCUGCGAACAAGAUAAUUGUCUGGACUGAGAAUGGCCAGAGCUAUAUUUACCAGCUGCCUGACAGGUGGGCUCAGGUGGGAAAACCCCGUGAGAAGUUCAGCAGUUUGUUCAGAACUGGCAUCUUUAUCUCUCGUGAACACUCAUUAAGUGAGACUGUUACACCUCGUCUGCUUUGCUACACGUCAAGUGAUAUUAGCAAUAAGUUUCUUCAGGCAAUUCUGAUUUUCAUCAAUGAGCGUAAGGAGCCUUUUCAUAAGAUUCUCUUCUGUGGUGAAGCAUCAGGAAAAAUUUCCAUGUGGCAUAUUCCUGAUGUUCCGAUGGCCAAACGUGAUGGCUCCCCGCAAGAGAUUAAGAUGGUUGGAACAUUGAGCCUUCAAGGAGCAUUUGAACAGCACAAGACCACAACAGAAGAAAUAACGGACCAGUUGGGUGUACAUGUGAAUGGAAUUCAGGCUGGUUUGAUUACAGCCAGUGUUUAUAUUCCAAAUCUAGAAAAACUUGUUUGUGGAUGUGAAAACGGGCGGAUAAUAAUUACCUUGGGUUUGCAUGCAGCACGAGCUCAACUCCUAGUAGAACAUUUUUUCUUGAAAGCCUGGUUACCCCACAGGAUUCUGGUCGGACAUUGUGGUCGAGUUACCUGCCUCCUCCACCCACACAGUAAAUCUGCAACCUUUGACCCCAGCUGGUUGGUCUCAGGAGACGAAGAAUCGUGUGUGAUCUUGUGGGAUAUGUUCAAAGGAGAAGCUCUGCACAAAUUUGUGCUGCAUGCAGGCCCAGUUCUGAACCUGUCUGUGUGCCCAGAAGAGUGCAGUCCAGAGAUGCACCAGACUAUUUGCUGCGUAACAAAUGAUAACUCUGUAGCAUUGCUGAGUCUUCAGUGUCGAACAUGCAUAAUGCAUGCAAGGAAGCAUCUCUCUCCUGUGAAGGUAAUAAAAUGGCGCCCAGCAGAAGACCUCCUGAUAGUGGGAUGCAAAGAUGGAGCAGUUUAUGUCUGGGACAUUGAGACUGAAACACUUGAUCGAUAUGAGACUGGUGAGGUAGCAAAGGCGAUCAUUGGUUCCUGUGAUGAUUCACUAUCUAUAUUCAUGAACACAAUGGAUUCUUUAUCCAUGGGAACCAGACCUCUUGAUCCAGUCAAAAAGAAGAGUUGCAAGCAAUAUGGAUCCUUCAAAUUCAGCACAUCUCCAGCUACUUUCCACACAGCAGAGUUUGCAUUUCCAGACCCCAUUCCGCAGGCGUUCACUAUCCGACCAGUGAAGGCAAAAUGGAGUGACAGCACCAUCCACGUUUUGUUGUUUGAUGUCAGCACCAUCUGUGAGCAGCUGCUCUCAUAUCAAGAAAAGGAACCCAGAUUACCGAAUACUGUCCAAAGCUAUGAGGUGUUGAAAAGACUAGCUAACAUCGACAGCAAAAAACCACCAAUGUCUUUAAAAAGAAACAAAACACCGACAAAUCUCAGUCAGACAAAUGGUUCAGUAAAAGAUUUGGUCCGUGAGCAUUUAUUUUACAACGAGCACAAUGCAGGUGGAUUUGGAAGGGAAGGAGCUGGAAGUAGCAAACAAAAAACAAAACCCAAAGGUACUAAAAAGGUUACAGCAUCAGCAGUGAAAAAAGUGGAUGUUAAUAUGGCCACAGACGCAGCUAAGUUACUAAUUUCCUGUCUCUUUCCCUGGGGUGUGGAUAGAGAGCUAGAUGAACUCUGCAUUAAGCAUCUGGGCAUGUUUCAGCCUCGCUGUCCAGUGUCCUUUGGCCUUUUGUCACAGGAUGAUUACUUGUCUCUCCUUUUACCGGGAUGGUAUCAAUUCAAUCGAGAGGUGACAAAGGACCAUGUAUUCUGCAGCAAGAUAUCAAAUAAAGUUGUGGAACUUGCAAAACAAGUCUCAAAUAUUACCCAGGCUUGUACUAUUUCUGUGGCGGAGACCUUGAAUGAUGAUGCAGAUGGAAACUUUCAGUCAGAAAUGACAUCCUAUUUGUUAUCUGUCAUCUUGUUAGUCAACCGACAGAUGAGAAUGCCUUCCCUGUCCAAGGGGAAUGAAAUGCAUAACAUAGUGAGACAGCAGAAAGUGGAUUGCCUGCGAGGAAAAGGAGGGGAUACAUCACAGAUGUUAAUCUCCCCAUUUACAGGAGAAGCUUCCCAAAAUAGAUCCUUUUGCCUAUAUUGGAGCUUAAGCAAGGAAGCAAGUUAUGAUAGCCUUGCCAAUUUGAUCACCAGUUGGCAAUUCCAAUCAGUGGAGCUGUUAGAAGCAAUACAAGCUAUGUUACUAGCUGAAGUUCAAAGGGUUUUGAGAACUUUGACUAAGAAAUCAAUCAGCAGCCAACCUGUGAUCAGAAUCCAGAAUGGAAACAGCGAGCCACAGACAGGGCCACAGCUUGAACAAAUAGAACUACAGGAAAAAAAGAAAAAUACCAGAACAGGCAUGUCAACUUCAGUCAACAUGGUCACACAUGACUGCAGCCCAGACCUGGCAAAGCACCAAGGACCCAAGGAUGUGGCUGAUGGAUGUGCCUUUGAAGAGUCUGACAGUCCAGUCUGCGAGAGUGGCCUAUGUCCCGGAUCUGUUUUUGCAAAGUCUGCUGAAAUAUCAAAGGAAAUUCUCUCUUACUCCACGUCCGAUGGUUUGUUCUUUGAUAAAGUCCAACUUGCGAAGACAAAAUGGUGGAAGAUCUCCAAAAGUUUGGUUUGUUCAUAACUGAAUGAAUUCACAAUGUUGUAUAGAAACAGUGAAGAAUU